AUGACGAAUGGUAUAAACGUCUUAACACAAGGAAUCCCUAUAAAAAACAAAAUCAACGAAGAAAAAUCCACUACUCCUAUCAAAGUAAAUGCAAUCGAUCCUCGGGACGUUGGCACACCUGAUGACUGGAUUCCACGACAUCAAAGUUUGGUGAGGUUGACGGGAAAGCAUCCGUUUAAUUGCGAGCCGCCGUUGUCAAUGUUGAUGGAGCAGGGGUUCAUAACACCAAACCCAUUACAUUACGUGAGAAAUCAUGGUCCCGCGGCGAAACUCAGCUGGGAGACACAUCGCUUGGCUGUUGAAGGUCUAGUCUCAAAACAAUUAUCUCUAACAAUGGACGAAAUCGUCCGCCUCCCAUCCCGCGAAAUCCCAGUAACCCUCGUCUGCGCCGGCAACCGUCGCAAAGAACAAAACAUGAUCAAGCAAUCCAUUGGUUUCAACUGGGGUGCCGCCGCAGUAAGCACCGCAGUCUGGAAAGGGGUCCCGUUGCGUCACGUGUUGAAAAUGGCUGGUGUUAGUCUCGACGAAGACGAACCGCGGUAUGUUUGGUUCCAUGGUUGCGAUAAGUUACCAAAAGGAUAUUACGGCACGAGUAUUAGCCUCGAUUGGUCCAUGAACGAUGCGAAUGAUGUCUUGUUGGCAUACGAGAUGAACGGGGAGCGGUUGGCACCUGAUCACGGGUUUCCCUUGCGGGUUAUCAUUCCCGGAUUUAUCGGUGGAAGAAUGAUAAAGUGGCUUACGAAGAUCACAGUGUUGGAUAAAGAGUCCGACAGUCACUACCAUUAUCAUGACAACCGCGUACUCCCUCCACACGUUGAUAACGAACUCGCAAACAAGGAAAAAUGGUGGUACAAACCCGACUACAUCAUCAACGAACUCAACAUCAACUCUGCCAUCACCUCGCCCGCUCACGACGAACAGAUUCCGUUCUCGAGCUUCGUGAGUACAUCGUGUUAUACUCUGAAAGGAUACGCGUACAGCGGAGGUGGGAGGAAAGUCACACGGGUCGAGGUUUCAAUUGAUAACGGCAAGACCUGGACUCUGACGGAGUUGACGUACCCGGAACUUACACACCCAUUGGUGAUGGCACGAAAGAAUAAACCCUUAAGGCGGCAUUGGUGUUGGAUAUUUUGGGAAUUACCAGUUCCGAUCUUGUCGUUAAUUCGGUGUUCAGAGAUUAUGGUUCGUGCUUGGGAUGCGUCACAAAAUACGCAACCCCAGGAUCCAACUUGGAAUGUGAUGGGAAUGAUGAAUAAUUGUUACUUUCGGGUAAAGGUUCAUACCGUUACGCAGGGGAAGGAGUUCGCGUUAACGUUUGAGCAUCCUACUCAGCCGGGUAAUAUACCUGGUGGGUGGAUGUAUAGGAAUAAUAUGAAGCAGGCGAUAUCUGAAGCGCCUAGUGUUGCAGCGAAGAGUAAAGUGGCCGACAAUAACAGCAGCAGCAGUAACAAAAACAGCAAAACCUACACCAUGGCUCAAGUCGCCAAACAUGAUAAUGAAAAUGACUGUUGGAUUGUAAUCGACAACAAAGUCUACGAUUGCACAAAAUUCCUCGCCCUUCAUCCUGGUGGCGCCGAUAGUAUCACCAUCAAUGCUGGCACAGACUGUUCAGACGAGUUCAACGCUAUCCAUUCGCCAAAGGCACGUAAAAUGUUGGAAGAAUACUAUAUUGGUGACUUUGACGAAUCCCCUUCCGCUCCUGUUUUAUCAAAACCAGCACCAGCACCAGCACUCAUAUCCCAACCAACACCAACAAUCCAAUCAGAGAACUUAGUCGCAUUAAAUCCAAAAGUCUGGCUCUCCUGCCGGUUAAUUUCGAAAAAAAUUCUCAGCAAAGAUACUCGCAUAUUCCGCUUCUCCCUCCCCUCAGAAAAACACCAACUCGGCCUCCCACCUGGUAACCACAUUUUCCUCCGCGCAGUAAUAGAAGAGAAAAGCAUCAUCCGCGCAUACACACCCAUAACAUGUUCAGGUGACCCUCCGGGUUACUUUGAUUUAUUAAUUAAAGUAUACUUUAAAAACGUUCAUCCCAGAUUCCCGAAUGGUGGAUUUAUGACACAACAUAUGGAGAGUCUUGCAAUCGGUGAAGAUAUUGAGGUUAAGGGACCGCUUGGAUCGAUUGUAUAUCUUGGCCGAGGACAGUAUCAAGUAAAGUCGGGUGUCACCACACAUAAGCGGUCGUGUUCUAAGAUAGGAUUGAUUGCUGGUGGGUCCGGGAUUACUCCUGUGUACCAAGUAAUCAAGACUGUCGUCGAUGAUCCCGAGGAUACAACAGAGCUCUCCCUUAUCUACGCGAAUCAAACUGAACAAGAUAUACUACUCCGAGAGGAACUCGAUAGUCUUGCGUCCAAGCACCCGAAUUUCAAAGUCUGGUACACGGUUGAUCGCCCACCCAAAGAUUGGAAAUACAGUUCUGGGUUUAUUAACGAGGAGCUACUUAGAGAGCAUCUUCCGGGUCCAUUGCCCAAGGAACAGACCAUUACUUUAAUGUGCGGACCGCCGCCUAUGCUGGAUUAUGCUUGUAUUCCGAAUUUGGUGAAGAUGGGAUUUUCCGAGCGGGAGUAUUUUAAAUUUUAG